AUGCGUGAAACCAGCGGUUCCGGGUAUGAUUUUGAUUGUUUGCAAAAUUGGAAUACAGAUGUGAACGAUUUUUCGGUACAAUGGUAUUCUCUAUUUGAAAUGAUUAGAUAUUGUCGCUCAUCAACAAUGAAAGCUAUGGAACAUCCUCUAUCUAUCGAACACACAACAACAUUAAACGGUAAACAAUUUACAUUUGAUCAAUUACGUCUGAUGGAUAUAUCGUCUGGUCACCUACUCAAAGGGUAUGCAUCAAUAGAUAUCAUCGAAGAAUACGAAUUAGGCAAUGCGGCAGGAUUUUUUUAA